CCAUCAAAGCCUCUUAUUUUCCAUUCUCCUUUGCCUGAAUUAAUUUCAAUAUCUUUUAUAUAUGUUCAGUUGGCUUAUUAAGAUUGCUGUGUAGUUCACUGGUUUUCUGAAUGGUUUCCAAUUGCAGGAGAAGGUGCCAAGAUGGUCUCCAAGGACUUCACUGUAGAUUUGAAUAAGCCUCUUGUUUUUCAGGUUGGCCAUCUUGGAGAAGCUUAUGAGGAAUGGGUUCACCAGCCUAUUAUUAGCAAGGAAGGGCCUCGGUUUUUUGGGAGUGAUAUUUUAGAGAGCACGACCCGCACAGUGUGGUGGGUCAUUCCACUUGUUUGGCUCCCAGUUGUGUGCUGGGCAGUUUCCAUGUCUGUCCGCAUGGGCCUUCCCCUUCUUCAGUUGGCUGCAGCUGUGGCUGGUGGUCUCUUCAUAUGGACAUUUCUGGAGUACACGUUGCACCGCUUUCUUUUCCACAUCAAAACAAAAAGCUACUGGGGAAACACCAUACACUAUCUUCUUCAUGGCUGCCAUCACAAGCACCCUAUGGAUGGACUACGCCUCGUAUUCCCUCCUGCUGCUGCAGCUAUCCUAUGUCUGCCAUUCUGGAACUUGAUGAAACUUCUAUCACCUCCAUCGGUUGCUCCUACUUUGUUUGGAGGGGGCUUGCUGGGAUAUGUUAUUUAUGAUGUCACCCAUUACUAUCUGCACCACGGGAAGCCAUCGAAAGGGAUUACACAGAACAUGAAGAGAUAUCACAUGAACCAUCACUUCAGAAUUGACGAUAAAGGGUUUGGGAUCACCUCCACAUUCUGGGACAGGGUGUUUGGAACACUUCCUCCCGCAAAAGCUGCUGAAAAGAGUAGAUGAUUUUACUGCAAAGCUGUAGAAAAUUCUCCAUUAGGUUCCCAAGGUAAUGAAUUGAUUCUAUCAAUCAAGGAACCUGGCUGGCAAGGAUGUCAUGGUUUCAUUGUAAUAGCUUGGCCUUUUUUAGCAUGUUUUCUAUCUUUGGUUCUCCUUUUCGUUCUUCUAUACAUGAUAUCUUUUUUCAGAAAC